AUGAACGUCGUCUCCACCUCUCCCCUUCAUCUUCUCCCAACUACCCUCAAUGCAAACUUAGCCUUUUUCCUUAUCGUAGCUGCCACCCUGUAUGUUGUCCUCCCUUUCUUCUUCCGCAAGAACCUCGUCGACAAGAACGGAAACUCGAUCCCUCCCGGUCCUCUUCUUCGACUCCCCUCCCUCCCGGACUAUCCUGAACGCACCCUGCACGCGUGGGCCCAGAAGUUCGGCCCGCUCUACUCCUUCUACAUCGGCAACCAGCUCUAUGUCGUCGUCUCCGAUGCCAACGUCGCCCGUGAGCUGCUUGUCAAUAACGGCUCCAUCUUCUCGAGUCGCAAGCAGUACUUCAUCAAGAACCAGACCGUCCUGAGGGGUCGUGCUAUCUCCGGUUCUCCCUAUGGCGAGACUUGGCGUCAGCACAGGAAGGUCGCCGCUCAGCUUCUGACGCCUAGGGCGAUCCAGGGCUAUAAUGACGCCCUCGAUUACGAGUCUCGCAUUAUGAUAAGGUCUAUGUAUAUGGAGUCUAUGCAAGGCGCUCUUCCGAUUAACCCCGCUCAUUACACCGGUCGUUACACUCUCAACAACAUGUUGACAGUGGCCUUUGGCACCCGCACGGAUUCGACCACGGAUCCGCUCAUCAAGCGCAUCCUUGCCAUGGCCAUGGAGUUCAACGACUUGACCGGGCCAUUUGCGAACCUCGUUGACUUCAUCGAGCCGCUGCAGUGGCUGCCGAACAGGACCCAUGCCCGCGCCGAGAAGCUGCACAGCGACUUCAUCGAGGUGUACGGCGCAAUGGUCAUGGCCGUCAAGGCACGCAUGGACGCGCACGAGGACGUCCCGCACUGCCUCGCCAAGGUCUUGAUUGAGGGCCGGCAGCAGGAGAAGCUGGACUGGGAGGACGUGUGCAUGCUCUGCGCUGCGUUCGCCAUCGGCGGCGUCCAUUCGACUUCCGGAAUUAUUCAAUGGUUCCUCGCGCUCAUUGGCAAGCAUCCGGACAUCCAGGCGCGUGCGCAUCAUGAGCUGGACACUGUCGUGGGCAGGGACCGCUGGCCCGUCGCCGAAGACGAGAAGAGCCUACCCUUCAUUCGUGCGAUCAUCAAGGAGGUCCUGCGCGUCCACGCGCCGUUCUGGAACGCGACGCCGCACAGUUCGAUUGAAGAUUUCGUGUAUAACGGCAUGUACAUUCCCAAGGGCGCCGCGGUGAUCUUGAACUGCUUCACGCUCCAUCACAACGAAGCGCGAUACCCUGAUCCGUAUACGUUCAACCCUGACCGCUAUCUCGGUGACAAAUUGAGCUCUGCGGAGUCGGUGAACCAGUCUAACGCCAUGGAGCGCGACCAUUGGUCAUUCGGUGCCGGCCGUCGGAUCUGCCCAGGAAUUAAUGUCGCCGAACGCAUCCUCUUCCUCGCGAUCUCCCGCCUGCUCUGGGCGUUCACCAUUCACGAGCUUCCGACCGAGCCGAUUUCGCUGGAGGAAUACGAGGGCACCUCUGGCCGCACCCCUAUGCCCUACAGAAUCCACCUGCUCCCACGUCACGAGCGCGUGCAUGUCGCGCUGGAGGCCGAGCAAGAGAUCGCGAGCUGCGAGCUCUAG